ACAAGUCAAUGAACUUUUGUUUCAGACUUUAUUUGCAAAAUCAAUUAUUAUUAUAUUUUGAUCUCAAUUUUUUUAAUAAUUCCAAACUAUGGCUCAUAUACAAUUUGUCGAUGAAUUAGUUCGUGAAUAUUUAUUGUUUAGAGGAUUCACAGCUUCAGUUAAAGCUUUUGAUAGUGAUUUGAAAGCUGAUAAAGAUAAAGGUUUUAGGGUAGACAAAAUUAUUGAACAAAUAUCGCAUUGUAUAAAUGUAUCAGACCUAAAUGGUUUAAAAGAAUAUUGGUCUCAUCUCGACGGACUAGUUUUCUCUAAGUUAGAGAUUCAUAUGCAACCUGCUGUCCGCAAACUAGAAUACAGUCUUUACAAGUUGUACUUAGUGACUGCUUCUCAAAGUGGGAGUGGAGCACGUAAUGAAAAAAUUGCAGAGUUCUUCUCCAAGAUGUUGCCAGAAUUACAGGGGCAGAGUGAAUGGAGGGAAUGGUUUAUGCUGCCCUACAUUCAAAAGCCAGAAGAGAACCAGUCGUUCAGCUUAUACUUCACACGAGCGUGGCAAGACACUGUGUGGGUGUCCCUCCACAAUCUGUUAGCAACCGUGUUCCAGUGUAUGCCUCAACCGACCCUCACAAGCUACGAGAGUGAUGCGGCUUUGGUCAAGAGACUGCAGGAUGAAGUAGCCACCUUGAGGGGCAAGUUUGCACAACAAUCUACAGAGAAGACAUCUCCUAUCGGGCACCAGUCCCGCUUAUCGCAAUACUCAGAAAGACUUAGCGGCCCACUACCCCUAGUUGACGACUUUUGCGCUAUACCCUCAGAGCAACUCGAUAGUGGAAUCAGAGAAGCGAAAGGCCUCCGCGGCUUGUUACGACAAAUGGGUGGCAGUCCAGUUAUGGGAAGGAAGUCUGGUAGAUCUCAGAGCCAAAACUGAUUACAAUCGACUGAAACCACAUGCUUGCAUGAUAAAAUUGAUAUAAGUUGAUGAAAAGUAUGCAGGAUUGGAAGAUUGAAAUGGAAAUAUGUUUUUCCUUCUCACAUUCCCGGAAAAGGCGUCAUUGUGUAUGUAAUAAAACAAUACAAAGAACACGCCAAUACAGACUUCUUUAAUUAACUGUGGUAACUCGGCCUGUUAGGUGAAUAAGCGGCAAAAAUCAGAACCAAAAUCGAUCUUAUUAGUUUUAAUUGUAAAUAUGUAACAUUCCUGAUCCGUGUUUGAGUGAUUUAGAUAAGUUGAGAGUGUUAUUAAGUAUAAAUGUUGAUUUUAAAUAAAUUUAUCGAAGAAU